AUGUUGAAUGUGCGCCUAUCAAAGAUCGUCAGACUUCAAAUCAAGGUUGUUCAUAACCUGAGCGCGGAGAUUAGCAGGUUCCAGAAAAUACGCUGGCACCAGCUCGGGAGUCGUGAGGAUGAACCACGGUGCCUUGUGGUCAGGGACUCCGCGCUGCACUCUACACAGCGUGAACAACCUUUCUAUGAUCCAUUCCAUUCCCAACUCCUGACUAUAUGGAAGAAAACCUCUCCCA